UCGAUGUUUCCCAACCCGGGCAUGAGCUGCAAGCGUCAGAUCGAGCUGAUGAAGUCCCUCGACGGCGACGAGGUGGUCAGGGCGGCGGAGCAGGCGGCGUGGGGCAGGCAAACCCUGGCCGCGGUGAGGGAUAGGGUGCACGCGAGGAACGUGGACAAGCGAAGGCGGCAGCGCGAGGAGGCGCUUCGCGAGCUCAGAGCCAUCAAAGAGGGCGGCGUUGACCCGAUCGUCACAUCGGCAGGGGAAAGCCUUCGCGUUAACUCCACAGGCGCGGGCGAGUCCACGGUGGGCGAGCAGGCGGAGCCCGUCCCGACGUCCGCGGCGAAAGGCGAGCUCCCGCCCCACCUGGAGAGGGACCCGCGCCAGCCGUCGUGCACGUCCGUGUGGGAGCCGCUCCAGGCUCGAGCGAACCACGGCCUCGAGUUGCCGGAGAACGUGACCGGCGCUGACGUGGCGCUCAUUCGACGCGCGGCGGAGGUUCGGUACAUCAAUCGCGCGACGAACGCGGAGGGCGCGGGUCUGACCGGGGGUAGGCUGCUGAGGGAGUUGGCGAACGAGGCGGCGGCUUUCGCCGCGAACGAGUCACCCACAAAGUUGAGCGUGUACAGCGGACACGACUCGACGAUCAUCGCGCUGUUGGCCGUGCUCGGGGCGUUCCAGGGCGAGUGGCCGCCCGUCGCUUCCACCGUGGUGGUCGAGACGUGGAGGGUCGGGAGUUUUGGGCGAGCGCACUGGUCGAGCCGGGCGCUGGGGAGGGUCGGCGAGGGGGGCGAGAUGGUCAGGGUUUUGUUCAACGGGGAAGUUCUCCCUCUGCCGGGCUGCGCGGGGCAAGAUCCGACGCACAGGGGCGGACUGUGCGCGCUGGACGAGUUCGUGGCGAUGGCGGACGAGCGAGACCCGCGGGACUACGAGGCGGCGUGCAAGCCCCGGGGCAAGUCAAAGCUGUGACUGUCGGGAAAUAGUCUCCCCUCGUGAGGUGCGUAGUUUUAUUCCAGACGUCGGCUCUAUUU